ACUCAAACAGCGACGUGAGCUCAGUGGUGAACGGCGGUCUGGUGGGCAACAACCAGACCGGCAGCACUAGCAACACCAGUGCAAACAGCAGUCCCAGCAAUGUGGUCAACAGCAGCAACAACUCGGCGGCGGCCCUUAGUGCGGCACAGAACGCAGCAGCAGCACUGCAGAGCUCACAGAUUUGCGCCAUUUGCGGCGAUCGAGCAACUGGAAAGCACUACGGUGCAUUCAGCUGUGAUGGCUGUAAGGGCUUCUUCCGGCGGAGUGUCCGCAAGAACCAUUUGUACACGUGCCGCUUCAACCGCAACUGCGUCAUCGACAAGGACAAACGAAACCAGUGUAGGUACUGCCGACUGCGAAAGUGCUUUCGGGCUGACAUGCGCAAGGAGGCGGUGCAGAAUGAACGGGAUCGCAUUUCCUGCCGCCGACCCAGCUACGACGAGGCCAGCAGUGGAUGCGGCACCUCACUGCAGGUGCUCGUCCGGGCGGAGAUGUGCUCGAGGAAGAUUUGCCCACCACCAAGCGACAACAACUUCCAGUCGAAGAAGAUCGCCAACAUCGACGACAUUGGCAACUCGAUGAAGCAGCAGCUGCUCAUUCUGGUGGAGUGGGCCAAGUGCAUUCCCGCCUUCACUGAGCUGGCCAUCGACGACCAGGUGGCGCUGCUGAAGGCGCACGCCGGAGAGCACCUCCUCCUCGGCCUCUCCAAGCGGUCGCUGAUGCUCAAGGACGUCCUUCUUCUCGGCAACGACCACAUCAUGCCCCGACUGACGCCCGAUCCGGAGAUCACCCGAAUUGGCUGUCGAAUCAUCGACGAGAUUGUCGCCGUCAUGAAGGACGUCAACAUUGACGACAACGAGUUUGCCUGUCUCAAGGCGAUCGUCUUCUUUGAUCCAGCGGCUAAAGAUCUAACCGAGCCUCACAAGGUAAAGAGCGUCCGUCACCAGAUUCAGGUGUGCCUGGAAGACUACGUCAACGACAGACAGUACGACUCUCGAGGUCGCUUCGGUGAGCUCUUGCUCAUUCUGCCUUCACUGCAAAGCAUCACCUGGCAGCUCAUUGAGCAGAUUCAGUUCGCCAAGGUCUUUGGCACCGCCAAGAUUGACAAUCUCAUUCAGGAGAUGCUGCUCAGCAUUGAGCGUGUGCUAACCACCUGCUUCUCUCCCACCACAGGACAAACUUUUCCCGACCCGAGCAUGAGCAGCGGCAGCAGCAGCAACAGCAGCAGCCUAGGACAGAGCGUCUCUCAGAUGGUCAACGUGAUCAUGUCGCAGGACUCGAGCGACCUGCGCCAGUCGAUGCUCAGCAACGGCGCCACUGCAGCUGGCCCCGGCAUGUUCGGCAAUGAUCUGGUCAGUGUGCUCGGAGGCGGUGGCACCCAGCACCAGCACUCGCCCGGCAUGCAGACGCCCACACAUGACAUGCAGCAGACGCCGGUCACCUUCAAGCGGGAGAUCAUGGACACUGAAGUGAGCAAUUUCCAGUAA